AUGUUUUGCGGCGCGGGAGGGUUAUCGGAGGGUGCCAAGCAGGCCGGAUUUUUAGUAAAGUGGGGUGUCGACAUAGAUACAUCCUCGAUGGAGACUUUCUUAUGCAACCACCACAGCGCGACUACCUACAACAUGGAUAUCAGUUGUUUCAUGGACAAGCAUAUCGGGGAUGCGCAAAGGGUUGAUGUUUUAUUGGCCGCGCCACCCUGUCAAGGUUUUACAGGUGCUAAUACACGUGGUAACAUAAUUGACAUGACGACGAAUAUGGUUCUGGUGAUGAACGUUCCUCGGGCAGUGAAUGUCUUAAGGCCAAAGGUUUUGGUGUUCGAAAAUGUGAAAGGAUUUUGUAACCAGAAGAAAAGUGAUGAGAUGUAUAAAUUGUUCAUCAGCGAUUUGAUGGAUGUCGGCUACAAAGUCGAAACGAAAAUUUUGAAAGCCUCCGAUUUCGGUGUUUGUCAACGUCGAGAAAGAUUUAUAUUGUUGGCUGUGCCAACAGAAUCAAAUCUUCCAAACUGGCCUAAGCCCACUCACUUUAUUGAUGGUGAAAUCUCGGUGCAAACCAGUGCAAACCAUAUUGAAAUGGGUCUUGUUCCGACGCCAACAGUGGAUGCGGUUCCGUCUACUGUGUUGUGCACCAUUAAUCCGGGUUGGGACAACAUCCAUCCCACCGAAUUUCGUCACAUCUCGCCGCGAGAAUCCGCGCGGUUGCAAAGUUUUUCGGACUCCUAUGUAUUUAAAGGGGAUCUUAAUUCACAGUAUAGGCAAGUUGGUAAUUCGGUACCACCAUUGUUAGCACGAGCGAUUAUGAAAGAAGUCAGACGCGUGAUUUAA